AUAAUUAUUUGUAUUUAAAAUGGAGUGUGUUGGAAUAUAAUACAAUCCUCUCUAUCUCCUGUAGUUAUUAAUCAAAUAUACACAUUUAUUAAAAUAUUUACAUUGAAGCCUAACUCACGUGCUCUGGGGCUGUUUUCUGACCAGCUUUGCCGCACCCAACAUAGAGCCCCUAACACUACAUCUCCCAGCAAUGCUUGCGGCCCAUGGCGGAAGUGUCGUGCCUGAGAUACUUAUAGAGCCGCUUCCCAGGCAGCUGAAAUAGACCAAUGCGUAGCGGGGGUGAACCUGCCGAGGCAGCGAUGGGACCAGCACGGAGACCUGACAGCCUGCGCCGGAAUUUAGGCUGAUCCGCAUCCCAUCGCGCCGGGAGGGUCGAACGGGUGUACGUGACUUCAUCCCGGCUGAUCGUCCCGGUCCCGUCCCGUCCCUCCGGAGGCGUCAUGUCUUUAUUCAUCCCCACAUUUACGCAUGGAUCCGGUGGCGCUGAAGUUGACGCGGCGGUGUCCUGUGGAUGUUGCGAUGCUCCGUCUCCAACUCGCCUAGGUGUGGGCGCUCUCGGAGGGGCUGCGUGCCUCCGUGUGCGGGACGGCGAAAUAGAUGAUAGUAAUAAUUGUGUGGCAGAAGGAGCGCGGCUGAAAAGCAGAUAAAGGAAUUAUAAACCUCUCUGUGGGACCGAGGGGCUGGGAGAGCCGCUGGAGACAGUCUGCUGCUGGAGACUUUCUGCUGAACUGUUUUAUAGGUAGACUUCUUUUUUUUAAGCAUGUUUUUUUUUUGGGGGGGGGGGGAUCACAGUCCAUUAACCUUUAAUCCGCACAUGCAUUUACGCAAAAGACGCCCUUAAAGUAUUACACGUUUCCCCCCCGUGAUGAACUGAGGCUAUUGCGGAUUAAAUGGACACUGUGCGAGCGUAACAUCUCAGCUGUCAUUCAUACAUGUCCAUUUUUUUUUCAAGUUCGAUCCCUCGCCAGAUGGAUAAACUGUAGAGCUUCAACCCUUAGAUUACAUAGUUCAGGAGCAGCCCUAUAAUGUAAUACAGAAUCCCACAAAGAGCAACGAGACGCCAAGAUGUAACAUUAGUAGGUUUUUGUUAAUUAUUUAGCGCGUAAUUAUCCAGAACUUUUUUUCCUUUUACGCACACCUCUCCAAUGCAUGGUCGGCAGAAGGUCACGUCUUUCUGCGACAGAGUAGGCAGCGUGUAGGAAUCCUUGACUUGUAUCAUGACAGCAUGAAGCAUCAGUGCACGGAUAAGGAAAGUUCUUGCAUCAUGCGCUUGUUUGAUGAAGUUGGUUUUACGCACCGGAAAGCAUGCGGUCCACAAAUAUGAAGACUCGCUGAGCCCGUCUUCUUCUUCCUCUUCUUCUUUUCUGUUCUGGAUCCCAAAUGCAUGGCUUUUUACGAGACAUUGCUAUAAAUCAUUUUUUUGUUCCGCCGAUAAUUUUUGGGGGGGUGAUGAGGAUCCAACUGAGGUGAUUUUCUUCUUGCUGUGUCCCAUGCGUCUUUCUCCUCCUCCUCCUCACCCUCCAGACCUCUGGACGUUGUUGUGGAUUGUCUUGCUGCGUAAUGCGAUGGGCUGCAUCCAGAGUAUCAGGUGUAAGCCCAAGAGUUUCCGAGACAGUGUCAUCGUCCUGGAGGUGAACACUUGCAUCGAUUCCAACCCCACCAGCAUCGACGAGUCCAACAGCGUGGUCCUGCGCUACCGAACGCCGCAUUUUCGCGCACACGCCCAGGUCCUGGUGCCGCCUGUGCCCUGUCAAGAGACGUGGACCAUCGGUUGGAUUCAAGCGUGCAACCACAUGGAGUUCUAUAAUACGUAUGGAAACAAAGGGAUGUCAAGUUGGGAGCUGCCGAACCUGCGUGACGGAAAGAUCCAGGCCAUUAGCGACUCGGAUGGAGUCAACUACCCAUGGUACGGCAACACCACAGAGACCUGCACCGUUGUGGGCCCCACCAAGAGGGACAGCAAGUUCAGCGUUAGCAUGAACGACAAUUUCUACCCCAGCGUGACCUGGAGCGUGCCAGUCAGUGACAGCAAUGUGCCUCAGCUCAGCAGCAUCCACCGUGACCAGAGCUUCACCACGUGGCUGGUGGCCAUCAACCAGGCCACCGCAGAGACGGUCGUCCUGCAGACAAUCCGCUGGAGGAUGCGGCUCUACAUCAAAGUGGACCCGGACAAGCCUCUGGGUCAGCGGGCUGUCCUGAGCGAGCCCGUGAUCCAAGAGCAGCCCCAGAUCCUCGGCAAGAACGAGCCCAUCCUCGCCAACGCCAUGGUCAAGCCUAACGCCAACGACGCCCAGGUACUGAUGUGGCGGCCAAAGAAUGGUGACUCCGUGGUGGUCAUCCCACCCAAAUACUGACCUGUUUCACUGACCAGGCUGGCCUUGGAUACUUCAACCGUAUCAUCCCUCUCGAUUUGUUCUCUUUUGUUUUGUUCCUGCUCUUCACCAGCUCUCGCCGCUGUCGCCCUUCGUUGACAUUAAUGUCCGUCUAUUUUUCGCCUCUUUACUCUUUUCUCUCUUCUGUUUUUAAAACGACGGACGGAGAGAGAACCAGGCAGAGGGAAAGGCUCUGAGAAAAAGACCAGCUGACGCUACAAGGGCAGGGGGAUGUACUUUUUAAAACUGGAGUGAACAAACUGCAACCAUUCUACCUUCAAACUGGGUCGGGUCUCACUGUGCUAAAUGAAGUCACUGACGAAAUGAAAAACAAGAGUAUUUCUUGGUUUUUUUAUUUUGAACAUUUUUAUAUUGUGGCUGUUUGGGCCGAGCAAUGCAAGGUUUGUGAGUGUGGGUCGAGUUAGAGUAUUUACAUGACCAUGUUUUCGCACAUGCUCCAUACUUGGAUAUGCACAAAUGUUGUGUUAAAAAUACCAGUUGUGUUUCUAUUUAUGGUUGGGAGAGAGUGCAUUUUGUUUUUGUCUGUUGCUGCCGUUGUGUGUUUCACAUGGGAAAAUGCAUUGGUUAACUGUAGAUUUUAGUAGUUUUUCAAAAACAAACAAACAUGCAAGACAUUCAAUCCAUGCUGCCUUAAGUUUACAUCGCUUUCCACUGCAAACUUUUUCGCCUUAAACUAAGUGCAAUGCAGUAAUUUGCUCAUUUGUCCCAUCUCUUCCAGACUGCUGGUGCUGGCCUUUGUGGGUUUAGGACAGGAGAUAAAUCGCGUCUGACAUUUGGGAUUUUGUUGCAUUUACCUGAUAAAUGUAUUGUCGGACAAGUACAACCAGCAAUAUGUGUAGAAGCAGUUAUAGAGUUGUGUGUUUUGAGUGCAUUACACAGCAAAAGAGAUACUAUGUGCAGAAAAACACCUGUGAAGCAAAACCCUGGUCAAUGGCACUGAGUACAUUAAACUAUGCGUGCAAUAACAAAUUGAGCAAAAAGGUUCUUAAAAGCACUCCUCAAUUAACCUCAUUCACUUUAUUCUCUUCCGUGGGAGCUGUUGCUUUCAACAUCCUUUCUCUUCAUCCCUCCAUCUCAGGGCCCCUUUUCACAUCCUCCCCUUUGUUUUUCAUCCACCCUGUGGAUUGUUUGUCAAAACUUUAAAUUAAAAAGACAUGGGAAAUAACUUUUAAUCCCAGCAGUCCGCUUUUCCCCUCACGAUCAUCCACAUUAUAUUUAUUAUUGUUGGCAGCCUUUAAAUCUUUAAAACUGCGUCUCACGUAAAUGGUCUAUUAUUUGGCACUUCUCCUCAUCUGUAAUGUUAAUCUACAACGAUCUACAAUCUAUUCCUCCUCUCACUUCUCGUCUCCCAUGUCUUUUCUUCCCCUCUUUCCUUCUCUCACUCUUUAUCUGUUGUGGAGGCUGAAAAGCAGAACAGGAGCCGGGUGAGUUUGAUCCCGGCUGCUCGUUCGGCAUAUAGAUGACCCACUUCUCUGCCCUGCCAGUUGUAGUUCUCGCAGCGGAAACGUGGGGCCUGUCUCCCUUUAUUUUACAGCCAGUGCACACACACUUACACACAAAUGCACACACGCACACUAAACAAACAGCUCUGGUCUGCAAAAUACCAACAUUUAACAAAACAUUAAAUGUUCAUCCUUGGGCAUGGCUUCAGAUACAAAACAUAAACAUCUAUUAAUGAAAACCUUUGUUAGAGGUUUUCAUGUUAAAAGCCAGUUUUAAAGGCUCUAAGUUACUAUGAACAUUUAUGCAAAGUUUCCUUUGUUUUGGCUCCAGUAUAAAAAAAAAAGCAUCAAAGAUUUGUAAGCUGCUGCUUCACUGUAUUAGCAUCUCCUUUCUGCGGAGUGAACAAAGCCUUCAAACUCGGUUCAGAAAACCUUUCUUUGAGUGUGACUUCACUGUGUAGUACCUUGGUUUUGCUUAUAUCUCCACCAGGACUUUAAAAUCAUACAUAGAGUAAUACUACUUUAAGUGUGCAUUUGUGCAAAGACAACAAAAAUUGCAACAACCAUUGGAACAUGUCUGACUUCCAGUAUAACUCUAAUGGUAGCUCGGUAGAAUGACAAACUCUAACCCGAACCCGGGCUAAAGGCUCCACAGACUUCCAUUCAGACUAAUGACGUAUACAAGUCAAAUAACAUCCAGCUGAACCAGAGCUCAAAGAUCAAAUCCAUCCAUGCACUCGCUCUCUCUGUGGACAUUAUAAUUACAUUGUAAGCCCACACAUGGCUUCAUCAGGCACUGCUCCUGCAGCCCGGCUCAUGUGCUAACCGUGAUGCCCUGCGCACCGGGGCAGAGUCACGUGGGAACAACAGUGUUGAAUGGAGCCGGAGAGAAGAGGUAUGAGGCUGGUGAGGGACUACUGUCAUAAUUAGAUCUGCAGUGACACACUUACACGCCCUACAUGGACUGAACCGGGCCGAGUGGCGCUGUGAAAGGCUAGCUGGAGUCAUGGGUGAGAUGUAAGCGAGGUCAAAGAGCAGAGGUCAGGGGUCAACGCAUCUGAGGCUGCCACUGUCCUAAACUGGGCCGCAGGCAGUCGAGAGGUUGCGGCGGAGUGAAUAUGUUUCUGACAACACAUUGUGUCCGCUUAGAAAACAACAACUGUGUCCUGAACUGCCACGUAAUGUCUUCAUCCGACCUAUGGACACCACAGAGGGUGUAUCUAAGUGUAAUAUAAUUAAACCUUGACACGCGUUCCCAACGUGUGUGUGUGUUUUCAUGCGAGUUGUGUGUUAAAUCCCAUUGGAGGGGAUUUAGAAGGGAUGAGUUUCACUUAUGUACUUCUACUGUUGUUGGGUCAUGACACACACACACACACACACACACACACACACACACACACACACACACACACACACACACACACACACACACACACACACACACACACACACACACACACACACACACACACACACACACACACACACACACACACACACACACACACACACACACACACACACACACACACACAGAGGACAGGGUACGUCCUUGUCAUAAAACAGGGAUCGAGAGCUUGGACGCAAACACACACAGAAACCCCCCCGAGGGGAAAGGAGCAGGCCUGGUGCGGUAUCUGAUUGUCACAGCAGUGUCACAUUGGCAGAGUGUACUCAAUUAUCAGCCCCGCACGUGGACGGUCUGAGCACAUGCAUAUGCUUCAAAGCCAUAUGCACAAACACACCUGUAUGCUAACAAACAGGGAGUGAUGUAUGUGGUUCUCCAGAGGAUUAACUACAGUAACGACGUUUUUUAUAUAAAGAAGAAGGGGAGGAACCGAGGUCACAGAGUGGGGGUGCCAGUCAACGAUCAGCAGCGUCUGAUGUUGAUGGAAAAGGCCAGAAUCGCCUCCUGUGCGCGUCAGUUAACUUUGCGUUAAUGAUUUUAAAUUCAGAGAGAUGUCACAAAUGCAAUACGCUUCCGGAAAUCAGCCACAGAAAGAUAAUGCUGCACUUUAUUGGUUUUCCAGUAUGGAGCACACAAAGUGCCAAAACUGGACAGCUCCAAAACUGUGCAGUGUAAUAUUGUAUCAUUUGAAGUUGUGAAUUAAAAAAAAGCUCUUGGCACUUCAUGAUGGGCCUAAUUUAAUCAUUAAAUGCUUUCAGUAUAUUUGUAUUUCCUGACAAGUAUCACAAAUGCAAAAUGUAGCCAUUAGGGACAUUAUUGGUGGUAGCGUUUUCUGCUUGUACGGCUGUGCCAAGCGAUCAGACGCCUCCUCUCCUAAACCCACACCUUUACAGUUCUUCUGCUGUUCUUCUUCUUCUGCUCUUUAUUUAUUGGUUGACCCCUCGUGAGACAGUAACCUUUAUUUAAACCAAUAAAUAAUCCCUAGUUCACACUCAGGACCACCUGCCUUCAUGUCCUGAUAUUUAUUAUUGGUUCAAUACCAUUAAGGGGGAAAAAAUGGAUGUUCCACAGGUCAGUUCAUCUCACUAUUCUCCUUAUUUAGGAAAAUAAACAAUAUAAUUCAGUGUCUGAAAUACAACCUGACAUGGAUACUUCGAGCAAUUAUGUUUGUUUUUUCAUUUUGUUUGGUUUGCUUUCUGGAAAUAACGGCACUGAAAUAGUUCAAGCAGUGUGUUUGUUUGCUCAGCUUUGACUUUUAACACCAAUACUUGAAAAUGGGUCAGUUCUGGCAAUUAUUUAAAACUGUGAAAAUGCACAACAUUGGGGGAAAAAAAAAAAAUGUUACUUUUUUC